CAAACCUUUUUCGAGGCGAGUGGGCUGAUGUUGAUAAUGCGGAGAACAUACCACCUGAAAAGUCAACUACAUACAUCUAUAUGAAGUCGACGAAUUCACAAGCAUGAUACAUCGCACAGUACUUAGGUAUACGCUUCACUUAACAUAUUGAUUGAUAUAUUGAAAAGCCAACCAACAAAAGCCGAAAAUGUGCAUCGCGCUAAUCUCCACUGCGCAUCCUGCAUAUGAGCUCAUCAUAAUCGAUAACCGAGAUGAAUACCUCCACCGUCCAACAGCACCCGCAAACUGGUGGCAAAGCCCAAACACCCAUGUCCUCGGUUCGCGCGACCUCGCUCGUCCCGAACAAGGGACAUGGAUGGGCGUAACCCGGCAGGGGAGAGUAGCCGUCUUGACCAAUUAUCGCGAAGCUUCACCCGUAGGGAGCGUGAGUAGAGGGGCGAUUGUGAAUGAUUUCUUGACUGAGACUGGUCCUGCACAUCUGUCAGGAGAUAGAAAUGGAACUGGAAAGGAAAAGGAAAAGGAAAAGGAAAAGGAAAAUGGAGGGGUGAGGACGACACGCGCUUUCGUGCAAGAUAUGAUAAAUAGUCAAAUCGCUGCCAAAGCCGGCGGAUUCAGUCUCGUCUGCGGCCGGAUCGGGGAACCGUUGGCGAUAAUCUCGAAUCGAAUGUCGGAUAACAUCGACUCGGUUACGUGGAUUGCCUCAACCCGUGGCGAAACAGUAGGGUUAAGCAAUACAUUCUUAAAAGACAGAACAUGGCCCAAAAUCAUCAACGGCGAGAUCCUAACGAGAGAAGCUAUCGACUCACAUAUCGCCGCCUACCCACAUACUCAUCACCAUCCAACCGGCGGAGAAGAAGAAGCAGACCUAAUCCAACGACUCUUCCAAGUCCUCUCAACAAAUACAAUGCCGUAUCUAUCCAACACCGAACCCGUCAAAGAACAAUACAUGAAUCAACUCAAGGAAUCGAUCUUCAUCCCGUUAUUGGGGGAUCGCCCUCAAUUCGAGGCCGAAGAGGAGCAUUUGGCGCAUAUGGGGUUAGCGGGAUAUAUGACUGGAUUGUACGGGACGCAGAAACAGACCGUUUUACUGGUUGAUUUUAAUGGGAGGGUGAAAUAUGUUGAGAGAACGUUGUAUGAUGAACAUGUUCAUCCUAUACCGUUGGGGGAAGGGGAUAGGGUUUUUGAAUUUGUGAUUGAAGGGUGGGAAGCGAAAAGUGAGCAGCAGAAUUUCUCUUUUUUAUGAGCAGAUAAUGAAGAGGUGUCAGAUCUUCCGCUUUAAUAGCCCCCGGAGAAAAUCAAAACUGUUGCUAUCACUCUGUAACUGCCAUACUUUCCCUGUAGGUCGAUCAUCCCAGCCCAGUUCCUCUGCGAGAAGCAGACCAUAAUCGCGCGUGAUCCCCUUGAUGCGAGCCCUGGCACCACCUUCUUCUUCCAAGGUCACGAUCUGAUGCAUAUGCAACCAAUCCUCAUAAUACAUAUCUUCAAACUGUUUAUCGAACCCUGUACGCAGGAAACGAAUGUAUAACUCUUCAAAGACGGUCAAAACGCGUGCAAGUAACUUUUCAAGAAUGAUGGGGCUUGAUUUGACGGUUGCACGAGAUGCGAAUUUCUCAACAACCGCAUUUAGGGAUGUUGUUGGUGAGGUGUUGGUUGCGUUUAUGCCGAUACCGACGACAGAAACAUAUUCUUCUGAUGAGUAGUGGGAGUUGACUAGGAUGCCGCUGAUCUUUGUAUAUUUCCGUUUUUCGGGGUCGG